GCGGUCUACGGGUAACGCGGUGAACAGAAUCGAAGCAACAACUUCUCUCCAAACGGCCUCCGACGUGCGGCUACUCCGCGGCUCCAGUGGACCGUACACACAAUGAACGGUAGACAUUGCAUCAAGGCUAUCCGACGGCCACAAUUACCCCUCCCAUCGUGGUUCCUUCCGGAGAAAAUCGCCAACAACAUUUGCGGCCGAAGCUCAAACCUUCGGAAGAUCCCGAGAGAGAGAGUGUGCGCGCGGGAGAGAAAGGAGGAACCCUAACUCUAGAAGGAGAACAAGCUUGGAAACGACCCUCCAAUGGCGCACGAGGAGCUCCCGAUCCCGAUCUACUCCACGCUCGAUCCGGUCUACGGCGAGGGCUCCUCGCUCGAGGAGGCGCAACUCCGCUUCGAUCGGCUCAAAUCCAGGUUCCUCGAGCUCUUCGGCCACGAGCCCGAUCUCUACGCACGAUCCCCAGGGCGAGUUAACUUGAUCGGGGAGCACAUCGACUACGAGGGCUACUCGGUUCUCCCGAUGGCGAUUCGGCAGGACACAAUCGUGGCGAUCAGGAAGCAUGGCGAGGGAGACUCGCCCAAGGUACUCCGGAUAGGAAAUGUGAGCGAAAAGUACUCCUUGUGCACUUACCCUGCCGAUCCCGACCAGGAAAUUGAUCUGAAGAACCACAAAUGGGGGCACUAUUUUAUUUGCGGAUACAAAGGGCUUUACGAAUUUGCCAGAUCAAAGGGAAUAGAUAUUGGUGCACCUGUUGCCCUUGAUGUAGUUGUUGAAGGCACUGUUCCCACGGGUUCUGGGUUGUCAAGUUCUGCAGCUCUUGUCUGCUCUGCUACAAUUGCUAUCAUGGCAAUUCUUGACAAGAACUUUGCGAAGAAAGAAAUUGCUCAACUUACAUGCGAAUGUGAACGCCAUAUUGGCACGCAAUCUGGAGGCAUGGACCAGGCAAUAUCAAUCAUGGCCAAAUCUGGAUUUGCUGAGCUGAUAGAUUUUAAUCCUAUCAGAGCAACAGAUGUGCAACUGCCAGCUGGUGGUACAUUUGUAAUUGCCCAUUCACUGGCAGAAUCUCAAAAAGCAGUAACAGCUGCAACAAAUUAUAAUAACCGUGUUGUUGAAUGCCGCUUAGCAGCUAUUGUUCUUGCUAUCAAGCUCGGGAUGAAGUCGACAGAAGCUGUCUCUACAGUGAAGACUCUGUCUGAUGUAGAGGGCUUGUGCGUAUCAUUUGCUGGAAAACAUGGAUCUUCUGAUCCUGUAUUAGCUGUUAAGGAAUUUUUACAUGAGGAGCCUUAUACGGCAGAAGAUAUUGAGAAAAUCACAGAGGAAAGUCUGGUGUCCAUUUUUGCAAAUUCACCAACAUCAUUAGAUGUCUUAAGAGCUGCUAAGCAUUUUAAGUUAUUUCAGCGCGCCUUGCAUGUCUACUCUGAAGCAAGGAGGGUUUAUGCUUUCAGGGACACCGUCAUAUCGAAACUUAGCGAUGAGGACAAGCUUAAAAAGCUUGGUGACCUUAUGAACGAGAGUCACUAUAGCUGCAGUGUACUGUACGAGUGCAGCUGUCCAGAGUUGGAAGAGCUUGUAAAGAUUUGUCGAGAUAAUGGAGCGCUUGGAGCAAGGCUUACUGGUGCUGGGUGGGGUGGCUGUGUGGUAGCUUUGGUUAAAGAAAGCAUUGUGCCUCAGUUUAUUCUCAAUCUAAAGGAGUCAUUCUAUCAGUCGAGGAUCGAGAAGGGUAUCAUCAGCAAGAAUGAUCUUGGCCUCUAUGUCUUCGCCUCCAAGCCGUCGAGCGGUGCUGCAAUAUUGAAGUUUUAGAUUCUUUUCAUGAUUUCUCUUUUUCUUAUUGUUUUAGAAACUGUUUUCGUACUAAUUUAAUUAGCAGCUAAUGCUGAUUAGUGCCUGUGCUUCCUUUUUAUUUCCCUGAAUAAGUUGUCUUUAACUUGUAGUCUUUUGUGUAUAAUAAGACAAUUUUCUUAAUUACGAACUCGUGCUUCUUCAGUAUGCUUCAA